UAACUUUCUCUUUCUCUCUCUCUCUCUCUCUCUCCAGUCAGAGAUAAAGCAGAGAGCUCAAGUCGCUACGUAUUUCGAGAAAUUCGACGAAGCCGAGAGGCUCUAUUUAGAGUUGGACUGUCAGAAUCUGGCUGUUGAUCUGAGGGUUAAACUUGGCGACUGGUUUAAGGUCGUUAACCUCCUCAAGAAAGGGGGUGGAGCCGCUGGGGACGAUGCUCUGCUAACUAACACGUGGAAUACAAUCGGAGACCACUACUAUGAUAGACAGCAGUGGGCUCGUGCUGCUGACUACUAUACCCAGGGACACAACUCUGGGAGACUGGCUGAGUGUUACUAUAGUCUGGAGGAAUACGACCGUCUCGAGCAACUUGCUGACUCCCUCCCUGAGAAUAACCCUCUCCUCACUAAACUGGCCACCAUGUUUGUGAUGGUAGGUAUGUGUGACCAAGCGGUAAAGGCCUUUACUAAGGUGAAUAUGAUCGACGAGGCAAUAGAUUGCUGUGUGCAGCUCAACCAAUGGGACAGGGCAAUUGAAUUGUCCAGAAGACACAGUUCUCGAGACAUCAACAGUCUCCUGGUCAAGUGUGCAGUCAACCUUCUAGACAAGGAGAAGAUUCUCGGAGCUAUCGAACUGUAUCCUAACAUUAGUCGCACUCUAUAAGAACCUUUCAUCUGUCCCCAUUUCCCUGUCUCUCCCUCUCAGAUUGAGCGACACCACAGGCACGUGAAAACGCAGGCUAAACCAGCAGCGAAGGAACACUCCACAUCUCUCUCACACUCGUCCACCGUCACUGACAGAAAAGAAGAGGUAUUAUAUUAUUACAUAACCCUCUACACUCCAUACGAUACUCAUCUCUUCUGAUUUGUGCAGGUCCAGGCAACGCUAGCAAGUCUUUUGCAAGAUGAUUUUUCUGAAGCUGUCGAUUCUUCGCUUGUAGACAAUGCAUGGAGAGGAGCCGAGGUAAAUUUUUGAGUGUCAACCAACUGAACCACUAAUAAUUUUACUCCCUCUCUGCAGGCAUACCAUUUUUUCAUGUUGGCUCAGAGAGAACUCUACAGUGGAGCUCAAGAGACCAGCCUCAAAAUUGUAAAUUUGCUCGUUCCCCACAUAAUUUUUCUCGAAAUUUUACAGAUAACCCGAUAAAUUUACACGUCCCACUCAAUUUUACUUCUGAUAAGGCCCUGUAUUUGAGAGAUUUUGAGGAUGUGCUGCCAGUCCACGACCUCUACUGUCUACUGGCUCUCUCUGCUAUCAUGGCUGGAGCCUAUGGUGUUGCCUCUAAGGCGUUCAUCAAGCUGGAGUCAAUGUCUGACCUGCCUGACUCAGUGAGAACCAACAUUGAGAACAUCUCAGUCGAGAUAUUUGUGAAGUAUCCACCACAGGAUACAAUAUUUAACCAAAUACAAUGUCCAAGAUGUGACUCUAUCAUCAAUGAAUGGACCCAUUUUGUCCCAGCUGCCAUACGAACCUCCCAAUCUGCAUAGCAACGGGCCAACCUCUGCUGGAGUACCACUCGUGGAAAUGCGUCGUGUGUCACCGUCAUGCCUACGAACAGGACAUUAGGACAUUCAAAAACUGCCCACUCUGUCACUCUCCUGUACAAUUUUAGCAUGCCCUAUCACUUUUAUCGCGCACUGCUCGCGCGUUACUCGCGUUACUCGCGAGUGUAACAACCUUUGUCCUUGAAAAUUCAGCGAAAGUAGCGAAGAAGGUGAGAAACCAUGACCGACGGACUGCGAGUGAUCCUUCUAGGUCCACCUGGUGCCGGAAAGGGAACUCAGGCUCCAAGGCUUGUGGAACAGUAUGGAAUCAAGCACUUAUCAACAGGUGAUAUGCUGCGAGCAGUGGUGGCCUCAGGCUCGCAGCUCGGCAAGAAGGUGAAAGAAGUAAUGGAUGCCGGGAAGCUCGUCAACGACGCUCUGAUUGGAGAGAUGAUUGAGGAGAAGUUUAAGGAGCCAGAGUGUCAGAAGGGAUUCUUGUUGGAUGGAUUUCCCCGUAAUGUCAAGCAGGCAGAAAUGCUCGAAAGGGUGCUGAAACGCUCCGGAUUGAAGUUGGACUGCGUCAUAGAGUUCGUCAUAGACGAUGAGCUACUUGUACAAAGGAUCACUGGAAGGCUUAUUCAUCGAUCAAGUGGGAGGAGUUACCACAAGAUUUUCAAUCCACCAAAAGUCCCAAUGAAAGAUGACGCAACUGGGGAGGACCUAAUCCAUCGAUCUGACGACAACGAAGAGGCACUCCGGACACGACUGGAGUUGUACCACUCCCAGACUACUCCGCUGGUGAAGUUUUACUCCAAACUGAACCUCCACUCCAAAGUCGACGCCAGCAAGAAACCGGAGGACGUCUGGAAGGAAGUCGAAAGCCGCAAUCAAAGCUAGGAAGUGAAUACGACUGCAGAUCGUAUAGUCUAGCUAGUCUAGCUGGACUGGCUAUGUGAAAUAGGGAUUAUAGUAGAGUAUGUCAUAAUUAUAUUAUACAGAUGAGGUAGUAGUGUCUUUUACAUUUCAUUAUGAAAUAGAUAUAAGCCAAACCAAGUUGCACCAUUAAUUAAAGUGAACACGUCAGUACAUACGGAAUAGAUAAUUUAGCAACAAGGCUUAGUCAAAGAAAUUAGCCUUUAUAUAAUAUUAUUAUAUUCCCUCCCUUCACCUGCACAUAAUUAUUGUGCAUACCAAAACCAUUUUUGCCAGU